AUGUCCGUAUCUGGUAGCAACAGCGGUAAAUCGUACUCGUGGACUGAUGUUUCGGGUAACGUGUACUACUAUUACAAGCAUCCUAUGACCAAGGCUGUUUUGUUCAUUUUACUACAGGAAUUAUGUGAACGUUUGGCCUUCUACGGGUUGAUGCCCAACCUUCAGAUUUUCCUCAAGGAGUAUCUUGGGGUUGAUGACGCUGGUGCUAAUUCGUAUAUCUCUACGUUCAACGCUAUCCUUUAUGUUACUCCACUUCUCUCUGCUGUGAUAUCGGAUACGAUACUUGGACUCUACCUCACUAUUCUGGCAUUCUCCUUCGUUUACAUGGCGGGUUUGGCUCUUCUAACGCUGUCUACGAUACAUUCGAUUAGUCAGCCGUGGAUGAUCCAUGUCUCACUACUCUUCCUAAUNNNNCCCCAACCAGAGAGGCCCCACCAACCUCAACAUGACCACUCGCCGCAGCAUCUUUCGAUGGAUCCCCAGUAUGCAUAG